CAAAUUAAGCCAAGCCCCUCAGGAUAUAUGUUUUUGUGUGAAGCCCUAAACAAAACUAACAAAAAUCAAACCACCUACUAUUUUUCAAUCAGCAUUUGCCUCAUUAUGGCUGUUGCUGUGAAAAAGUUUUGUGUGCUGGUGGUUUUUCCCAGCCUCAUUCUGACUGGAGGUCUUUGCUUGCUGUUCAAUGCUGAAAAGCAUGGAUCUUUGACACCUCUGGAAGAAGCACUUCAUCUACAAUCAAGUUAUGAAAAAUACACUCCCAUCAUUGAUGGGGAAAUAACACCUAUACAAAUUAUCAAGCUGAAAAAUGGAAUGGCAUCAGAACUCAGCUCUUGCAUUAUGCUAGCUGCAUCACUGAUCAAUGUCAAGCUCACACGGAUGCUUGAAGAGCAGCUGAAAUCUCAAGUGAUCUUCUCCGAGUCUUUGAUUUGGACAAAUGAGAUGGGUUUACCACUCACGCUUCUUGUACCCAUGUGUGACGAAAAGAAGCCAACAGUAGACAGCCUUAUGUCAACCCUUCAGGGCAAUCUUAAUUUGUCCAAUGUAAAUAUUGACUUUGUUGCACUACGAAUGCAACUCAAACAACUUGAAGACACUUAUAUUCAGGUGAUUAAAACUCCUCUAAUGACUGAUGAGAAACUUAAUUUAUUAGAAGUCUUACCUGCAAUCUAUGAUCAAGUGUUAACAGUCUUCAAAAUACCUUUCUCAGUGAAUUCACCUACAACAUUUUCAUUCAAUUCAUUUCAAGGUCAAAUUAACAAGGUUGCAGUCAACACUAUAAAAGUAAUGAUGUUAAAUCUGAUUGAAACAGUUGAUGCACAUGUCACAAUGGCCUUGCCUGUCAACAAAGCAGCUUUAGAAAGUUACAGGAAAUUUCUUGAUGGCUGGGGAAUUUAUGUCAGAAAAGGAGAUGAUUUCUACCAGACUUCUAAGUGUGGAAUCUCACAGUGCAGCUUGCCACAAAGCAAGUCUCUCUUCUAUGACCCAGGAUGGCUGAAGAGAAUAUGGGCUGUGAUCAGUUUUCUCAACCUAGACCAAGAUACAAAGGCAGCAAACACAUAUGAAGGGAGCCUCAAAUCCAAACUUCAACCCAAAAUUCAUACUUCAGGCAUUGCCCAUUCUGUCCAUGCAAAUGCACUCAUGGCUGCAAUGAAUACAACGACCACAGAAGAAAAAAAAGCGUUGAAUGAUUCUAUGCAUGACAGAACAAUUUUCUUUUGUGAAUCUGCACCAAAUUUGAGGAAAAGAUCCAAAAAUACUUUUUCUCUUGGAAAUACUGACAUGGAACAUGUUUCCAAUAUUAGAGUACCUCCUUUACAUUUUUAUUCUAAUGCAACUUGCUGUAAAUUUGAUAGUCAUGCUUUCAAGUUUGUAGUAAAGCAGUUCAUGGCCUUAGUGCCUCAUAUUAAUUAUUUCAAUACUCAAGCAUUUACAAACCACAUGAUGUUGAAGUAUCAGCAAUAUAUUUCCAAGCAUGUUGGUGAUGGUUCAUCCAUGCCUUUUGAGCAAGAUGAGGCUUUCUUGCCAUGGAAGAGAAACUCUACUUCUAAAUUGCGGCGCUCAAAAAGAACAAUUCGCACAAUACUUAAUGCAAUUGAUCAGGUGAUAGAACCUCUUAACCGUGUUAAUUAUAACAGGAUAUUCCAGAGAUGGUUUAUUUUCAAUGCAUGGGGAAAUUUCUUGAUUGCUCUUUACAAUACAAUCAAGAGUAAACAAGGUGAGUCGUAUGAUCUGAAAUUGAGAGAGUAUGUAGAAAAUAAAUUCUUAGAAGCCCAUGGGAUGACGAGACCACCAGAGCCAGAGGACCCUUCUCCUUAGUAUCUCACAUUCCUUAGAUAAGAUUCAAUCAAACCCUACAAUAUAAUUGCUGCCCCAAGACAAAAUAUGGAUGAGAUGUUAUCUAUUUAUAUUGAGAUGGAAAGGAAUAAUGGGCAAAAAGCAUUGCAAAAUUGUGUAAUACUUAAUAAAAAUGUAACAACUUGUGGAUAGUAUAUAUAUAUUUUGCCAAGUAUAGAAUCUUGGCAAAAAUGUAAUGAGCUCAACCUUAGUUUCUAAUUUGUGAAGGAAAAUUAAAAAUCCUAGUCAAACUGUGGAGGGAGUAAGCUAAACCAAAUUAACCAAUGUAUGACAAAUGACUGGCUUUGCAUUUCUUGAACUGACAUCCAGCUGAAAUGUAUUAUAACUUCAUUUCUAUGCUGGCACACUUACAAUAUUCUUUUUAAUACAACAAUCGAUGAAAUGUUAUAUUAUGUUUGGUCCAAACUGAUUAGUUUAGUUUGUUUCAUGACACUUGUAUCAAUUUAAUUACCUACUAUGAAACUGUAUGCAGGUCAUUAAUUUUUCAAGUAAAUUUUAUGUUACCAACACAUACUCCAUUUUGGUGUAUAUUCAAUAAAUUUAAA